AUGGAACAACCAGCCAUGUCCUGGCCGGAGCAACUCCCGAGUACGCUGCCGGCCCCCAGUGAGGAGGAAUUCUCCAGUUAUCUCGAUUUCAACAUGCCGUUCACCGAUCUGGAGCACGGACCAGGGAAUAUGCAGCAUUCCCCUCUGCCAACCACCACCGCCGAGUCCAUGGCCCAGUUACGAUCAACCGCCAUGCAGUACCCAGGCCAGAUGGAGGGCCUGGCCAUGGACUUUGGAGACUCGCAGUCACAGAACCAAUUGCCCUACUCCACGCCCCAGAUGACGCCGGGAUUCUGCGCCCAGGAACCAUCCCCCAUGGCGCAACCCCAACACCACUAUAUGCAGAACCAGACCAUGAUCCCGCCCACUCCAAACAGUGUCGAGAUGCAUGGGAACGCGGCUCGCUACUCACAGCGCGUGGAUGGGACUCCGGAUAUGUAUGACGGAUAUUCGCGCAUCAAUGAAGAGCAGGCGCUUUACACCCCCCUGGUGUCACCCGCGAUGACUCCCCUGGAGCAGCAAUUCCGCCUGCCCGAAUAUACAAUCCCCGGCGAAUAUUUCACACCACUCACCUCCCCAGCCCUGGAAGCCCAAAAUGCCGACUCCAACGGCUACCAGUUCCAUGCCAGACAAGUGUCUGAUGUGGGUUUCGUCCCCACCACCGCUGAGUCGAAUCCCAUGGCCACCACCGCACCAGGCUCCCCCAGUACACUCCGGAAACCCAACACCCGCCGCCGGGGAUCGGCAGCCUCGACCCGAUUGAGCACCGCGCGCAAGGUCAAGCAAUCCCCCAAUAUCUUGGCACAGCGCAAGCGCAGCACCCUGGCCACCAAUUCGGAGGAGUUCUACAACAGUCUCACCCAGGAGCUGAAUGCCAACGCCACAAAACCAUCCCAUCAGGAUGUCCGCUCGCUUCAGGCCAGCAGCAAUGAGGCCUCGGGCCAAGACUCCGUUUCCCCGGAGCCAUUGUCAGAACCGUUGAUGCCACCCCCGGCACUCCCACCCCCUCGCGCUUCCCCGGCCAUUACGCCCCAGUCUUCAUCGCCUGGAGGCGCUGCCACCCCGGCGCUACUCAUGCGCAUCCAGCGGAGCCAACAUGCGCAGGACCCGUCGGGCCAAUUCCGCGGUCAAGCUCAGCUGGCCGAACCCGACUUCCCAGAUGAGAUUAUGGAGGAUAUCUCGCUUCCGGAGGCUGCGGCACCACAGCAACAGCGCCCAAGACCCAGCCGGAUCGAGACCGCUAUCCGCACUCCAUCGCUCUCCACUGGCACCCCACUGCUGGCCCCUUCGCCGGCGUACGACCCACCCUCCAACCUAUCCGUUGCUCCCAGUCCCCACACAGCCGCCAUGGCAUCCCCUAGCGGGCCGGUCCCGAGGAGAGAGUCCAAGGUGGCAUCUAAUCGCAAACGGGGCAGCCUGAGUUCUACACAUGCCAGCCCGCAGUUGCGGCCCAAGAUCAGCCCCAGCAUACAGCCAUUGAUGAAAGGCACCGAGGGCAUGUCACAAGACGCUCUCUACCUGGCAUCCAAGUCUAAUUACCAGCACAUCCUGGAUGGAACUCUUCCUUCUGGUGUCAGUUAUCCUGAGGCCCUGGCCGAGAACCUCAGCUCCAAGCGCACGAACCACAAGCUCGCCGAGCAGGGCCGCCGCAAUCGGAUCAACAGUGCCCUCAAGGAGAUUGAGCAGCUUAUCCCGCAGCCGUUCAUCGAUGCCCGCAACGCCAAAGAAGCUGCCGAAUCGGGCGGCAAACCCAACGAUAAGGAAAAGGAGAAGGAAAAAGCCAACCAAACCAUCAGCAAGGCCACAGCCGUGGAAAUGGCCAUCGACUACAUCAAGGCACUCAAGACAACCCUGGACGCCACCACUGCCAAGUUAGCUGUGGCCGAGGCUCAACUAGCCGGCGGGUCCAAGGAGUCCCACGAAAGUCCCACUUCAACUUCCACGUCUCAAAAUACCCAGGUCAAUGGAAGUACGAAAAACUCUGCAUGA